GAGGUAACAAUGCAAGUAGAAAACCUUAUAAGUCCAUACUCCCAGCUAUUCGAUCUUCAGUGUCACUCUGUUAUGAGUAUGCAAUAAAAUUGUUCAAAGAAAAAAUCUCUUCCAAGUUUAUCAGUAAAAUUGAGUCUCAGUUAUCUUUUUUACGAGAUGAAGGGAAUCGUACUGUGUGCAGUUCUUCUAGUUUUUCUAGCCAGGAAUCAAUCGUAUGGUGCAAGCUCGUACAUGGAAUUCAUAAAAGAUCCAAAUUUCCCAGGCAAUCCACUUUGGAUGAAAAAUUUGCAGGAAAGCCUACCAAUGAACAAACCAGGUUUUCCAGGCAGUCCAGAAUGGAACAGAAAAUUAGAAGAGAAAAUGAGUGGCCCAGACUUUCCAGGUAGUCCAGAAUGGCAGAAAAAAUUAGAAGAAAGCAUAGGAAAUUCUAUGACAUCAGCAAAUGCUCAAUCUGCGACAGGGUAUACUGGAUCGAAUGUUGUUAUCGCUCCAGUGGUACAGAGCUUGCCUGACGGAACAUCUAAGAUAACGACUCCAACCGUGGUGACAUCUAUGAUUGGCGGUAAAAUCAGUCAACCUAGAUUUCCAAAAAUAAAACCUAUCAAACCGCCAAAGUAUGUUAAGCCCAUCGCUGUUAAGCCAAGGAAACCUCUCUUGAAACCUACACCUCCUCUUACAACACCGGUUACCACCUUCGCUGGUGAUAAGGAAAGGAACAUCAUGACCAACAUGCAGAACUCAAAUAUUGGAGGGAAUGUUGUUUUCAAUCCAAUCGUUCAAACAAUGACUGAUGAUGGUAAACUGAUCACCACUACACCCAGUAUGAUAAAUGGAAAACCCAUUCUACUCGGUGCUCCAACCCCUAGUACUACUGUCGUGAAUGGUGUACAGGAAGAAAUAAUCCCUUCAACAACUCUCACCCCCACUGUUUUACCUGAAGUCUCAGUGACUGGAGCCACUGAUGUAAAUGGUGUUCAGAAAGGAAUAAUGAACGACUUGAAAUUUGAAAAUUUGGGAAACAACGGGAACGAACAUGUGGUAAUUUCGCCAGUUGUCCAGAGUCCUGGCCUCAAAGUGAACGAGAAUGGAGACGUCGAUUUCAGUUGAAAUCCAAUUGAGUUUUGAAAUUCCCCGAUUGAAAAUUAAUAAGAAAAACAAAAUUAAUCCGAUGAAGUAAAAUUAAAAGGAUUGAUCUAUUCGAUAA